AUGAAUUAAAAUAAAGAGAAUGAAUAUGUAUCAGAUGUAUAAAGUUAUUUCACCAGUAAAUGCAUGACUUCUAGUAGAAGUACUUCAUUACAUGAGGAAAAUACAAUGAAAUUUAGUAGAAACAAGAAUAUAUUUGAAUAAAAAUAACAGGAAAAUGAAAAAGUAUAACUACUAUUUAAAAUAUUUAGGAAUUAAAAAAGAGAUGGUCAGAUAUAGCUAAAGAUUGGUAAAGAAAUAAAAGAGAUGUUAAAGUAUUCUAAUUAGCUGAAUUUGGUAUUCCAAUAAGUGCAAGAAAAUAAGUAUGGCCACUUAUUGUUGGAAAUAAGCUAUAAAUUACAAAAGAACUUUAUAAUAUUUUACAAAUUUAAAGCAAAACUUUUAAACUAGAUUAAAGAAAAUCUCUAGGAAGAUUAUCAUCAUUUAAUCAUAUUAAAUAGGAUUUAGGAAGAACCUUUAAAAAUGAAAGUAAAAAUGUUAUUUUCAUUAUUUUCAGGUUUACAAAAGAUUUUUCAUCCAGGAGGACCUCUUAGUGAAAAUUUGUAAACUAUUCUUGAAGUAUUUUGUCUAUAUAGACCUGAUAUUGGUUAUGUGUAAGGCAUGACUUAUAUUGGAUCAAUAUUAUUAACAUAUUUUGAUGAUUAUUAGGCAUUUAUUAUAUUGAGUAGUUUAAUAACACAUCCUUAAUUAAUUUCAAUAUUUAUGCUUGAUGAACACAAUCUCUAAAUUAUUUUCUAAUAAUUUGAAAAACUUAUUAAACUCAAUAUACCAUAAGUCUAUAAACUAUUUAAAUAACAUAAUAUAAAUUGUACAAAUUAUUUGCUUGAUUGGAUUUUAACAUUAUUUGCAAAACCCUUGAAUCCAGAUAUUGUAGGAAGAAUUUGGGAUAGAAUGCUUUUUAAUGGAACACAUAUACUUUGGAAAUGUGGAAUUGCAAUAUUGAAGAUAUUAUAUCCUAAAUUCAAGGAUUAAGAGAAAACACUUUAGAGUUUGAAAAAUCCUGAAAUAAAAGAUGAAGAAUUGUUACAAGAAAUGAAGAAUGUUAUUUAUCCCUUUGAAAUUUAGGAGGUUUUAGGUAAUAUUGAAUUAUGA